CAUCUUUGCUUCUUUCAGUCAGUAGAUUUUUUAACUAGCUACAAGUGCGUAGUGUUUUCAUGGGCAGAUGUUUUUAUUUCACAAAAAUCACACCGAAAAUAAAUGAGACACUCAAAAUUUGGAUGGUUUCUCGGAAACGCUAAUCUCUAAAUACCACAAUGUAUAAAUGACAUGCAGCAUUUUAGUACUGGUUGCAGUACACAGACUAUUUUUGUGCCUCGGAGUUUGGAGUGGCUAGCUUGAUUUUUUUAAAUGUGCAAGGAGCGCAACUGCAUCUAUGAAUUAUGUAUAUCACAGUGAUUUUAUUCUAUUUUACUUUGGUGCACGGAAUAUCCUUGCCUGGACCUCCAACAAAUGUCAAAGUCUCCGAAAUAACAGCAACAACAGUUAGACUAACCUGGUCAUAUAAUGGACCCGAUGAUCUGCAGUACUAUGUCAUUCAAUUCAAGCCCAAGUAUGCCAACCAGGCAUACAGUGAGAUCAGUGGCAUUAUUACCAUGUACUAUUCUGUCAGGAACCUGAGUCCAUACACUGAGUAUGAGAUGUAUGUUAUUGCUGUCAAUAAUAUUGGUAGGGGGCCACCGAGUGCACCAGUGUUUGUCACCACAGGUGAAACAGAACCUGGAAGUGCUCCAAGAAAUGUACAAGUCAGGCCACUCAGUUCCAGCACUAUGGUUAUCCAGUGGGAUGAGCCAGAAACUCCCAAUGGACAAGUUACUGGUUACAAGGUGUACUAUACAACCAAUGCCCAACAGCCGAUGUCUCAAUGGGAAUCUCAGGUGGUUGACAAUAAUUUAUUGACAACAAUUAGUGAACUGACACCACAUACAAUAUACACAAUACGAGUUCAAGCCCAUACAUCUGUCGGGCCAGGUCCUCUCAGUGCUCCUGUACACGUCAAAACACAACAAGGCGUACCUAGCCAGCCUAGCAACCUGAGAGCGACAGACAUUGGCGAGGGCACAGUCACCUUACAAUGGAGCAAACCAACUCACUCCGGCGAAAACAUAGUCAGUUACGAACUGUAUUGGAACGACACGUACGCUAAAGACAAGCACCAUCUGCGCAUCCCAAUUUCGGAGUCGUACACCUUGACGGGGCUGUAUCCGAACACCCUGUAUUACGUAUGGUUAGCUGCUAGGUCGCAGAGAGGAGAAGGAGCCACCACGCCUCCAAUACCAGUGAGGACGAAACAGUAUGGUAAGGAUGCAGUGACGAGGUACCAUUGGUUUGGUGCCAAUAGGGAGAAAUAGAAAGGUUUCAGCCUAGGUGGUAGAGCUAUGGUGUGCUUUGAGAAAUAUGAUUCAGAACGAAAGGGGGUAGAUUCAGAAACAAGUGAUUUUUCUAAAAAGAAGUUUCACUUCUAAGCUUGUGUGUUUCAUGAACGAAUUAAGCUGUAUUUGCAGUUUUGGAAGGAUGAAAAUGAAAAAUGUAGUCCUCGUUAAGUAAACUAUGCUCUAUCACCUAGACAGCUAAAGCACUGAACUGCGCACUUGGAAUUUGUGAAAAAUAUACCAGUUUUGUGUUCUGUAAGGUCACCAAUAAAAAAAGAAGCCAGUAGCAUAUGAAUACCAAAGAAAUCAGUCAACUAUUGGACGCAUUGCAAUGCAAAAUAACUUUUCUCUCCCCAGGUGAAUAAUGUUACAAUAAUAAUAGUACGAGAGCCAUUUUUAAAAUAAGAACGGUUGCGCAUCGUGCCCGUGAACCCUGCCACGAGACGUCCGUUCAAUCUCAGACGCUCGUGGCCAGACGUGUAGUUAUACUGCUUUGUUUUUCGCCAUGUCACUCACUAAACCCGCCAGUUAUGAAGUGCGCUCAGUAAUUCGAUAUUUAAACACAAAAAAAAUUAAUUUUAAUAAUAAUAAUAGCGGUG